AUGGCAAAUAUUUCAAACACAAAUCUAACUCAACUCGCCAUGCGACCCAAUACUGGCAUGGUCGGUAGGCCAAUCCAUGUACGAAGCAAUUUCUUUGAAAUGACAAGUCUUCCAGCUCAAAAUAUACAACACUUGAAUAUUCAAAUAUUACCUGAUGGUACUCCUCCUGCUGUACUUAGAAAGGUAUGGCAAUCUUUUGAAGAUAGUCUUGAAGGUCAAGCUUUUCUUAACAAGGUCAAGCCUGUCUUUGAUGGUCGUGCAAAUCUUUUUUCUCCAAAACCUCUGAAAUGUGGUGAUAAUAACCUUGGGAUUUCUUUUGAAGUCAAUCUUCAAGAAGGAAACCGUUCUGGUGGCGUAUUCAAGUUGAAUAUCAAGCCUGUAGGUGUAAUCAACAUGAGGGAAUUACAAUCAUUCUUGGAUGGGAGGUCUGGUAUUACCAACAAUUGUCUAGCUGCUAUUAUGGCUCUCGAUGUAUUAUUUCAUCACAUUCCAAGCAUGCAAUAUCCCACUGUGGAUCGAUCAUUUUUCACUCCCCAGGAUAAACGUCCUUUACCCAAUGGUGCUGAAGUAUGGCAAGGCAUUUAUCAAUCUAUUCGUCCUACUCAAGGCAAAAUGAUGGUCAAUGUUGAUGUUAGUACCGCUACUUUUUAUGAAUCUGGUCCUCUUCAUGAACUGUUACCCAAAUUACUAGACCGCCAUAGUCUUGAUGAUCUUCGUCAUGGUAUUUCUGAUAGUGAACGUAUCGAAGUCGAAAAAAUACUCAAGAAUCUCAAGAUCGUUGUUGUCCAUCGUGGUGCUGAAAAACGGUUGAAGUACAAGAUUAAUAAGCUCACUCCUACCUCUGUUGAAGAUACUGUAUUCAAAGAUAAACUUGGAAAUGAAAUCACGGUUGCUCAAUACUUUCAAAAGACUUACAACAGACGUUUUGCUUAUCCUUUCUUACCCUGUAUUGUUGUCAAGAAAGAUACCUUUUUGCCUAUGGAAGUUUGUGAAGUCCUUCCUGGCCAACGCUAUACGGAGAAAUUGAAUGAAAAGCAAACUGCUGAAAUGACUAAUAUUACUAGCCAAAACCCUGCUGUCCGUGCCAACAAGAUCAAUCAAGGUGUCAAUCUUCUGAAAUACAAGGAUAACCCAUAUAUUCAACAAUUUGGCGUCAAUGUCAAGAACGAUAUGGUCAUGAUCAAUGCACGAGUUCUUCCUGCUCCAGAGAUCUCUUUCCAUCCUUCCUCUCAAAAUGCUACUUUUGCUCCUAGCGGUGGUGCUUGGAACCUUGGUGGUAAGAAGGUCGCAAUGGGUGCCAAUUUGGGUUCUUGGUCUGUGGUCAAUUUUGCAAGCAAUGUCCAUGAAGGUAUGGUCCAGUGUUUUAUUCGUGAACUAUGUCAAACGUUUACUGAUACUGGUUUGAACGUCAUCAAUCGCAAACCACCUAUUACCCAUGCUAAUCCCCAAGGUAAUAUUGAACGUACUCUCAAGGAAGCUUGGUUGAAGGCCGGUAACGCUGCAAAGGCUGAACCUCAAUUGAUUUGCUGUAUCUUGCCCAACACUGGUGUUGCUCUCUAUGGUGAAAUCAUACGUGUCUCUGAUACAGUUAUUGGUAUUCCUACUCAAUGUGUGCAAAGUAAGCAUAUUGCUGAUGCCAAGAAACAAUAUUGUGCCAAUGUCUGCUUGAAAGUGAACAUGAAGCUCGGUGGUGCCAACUGGAUGCUCGAUAGGUCUGAAAUUCCUUUCAUAUCAAGCGAACCCGCUAUUGUUUUUGGUGCUGAAGUUACUCAUCCUGGUCCUGGUGAUAUGAACAGACCUUCCGUUGCUGCUUUGACUGCAAGUAUGGAUCCCUAUGCAUCAAGAUAUGCUUCAACUGUCCGUGUUCAAGCCAAUCGUACUGAAGUUAUCGCUGAUUUAGCUAACAUGGUCAAGGAAUUGUUAAAGGUCUUCUAUCAACGCUCUGGCCUAAAACCUCAACGAAUCUUAUUCUAUCGUGAUGGUGUCUCUGAAGGUCAAUUCGAUCAGGUUCUAAAAAAUGAAGUUUCUGCCAUCCAUGGCGCCUGUUCCUCCCUUGAAAAAUAUUACAGACCUCUUGUCACCUUUGUGGUUGUUCAAAAAUGUCAUCGUACCAGGUUCUUUGCUACUAGAACCCGUGAUGCUGAUCAAAGUGGUAACUGUCAACCUGGUACCGUCGUGGAUACUGAUAUCGUACAUCCUUUCGAAUUUGAUUUUUAUUUGCAAUCACAUGCUGGUCUUCAAGGAACUUCUCGUCCUACUUACUACCAUGUACUCUAUGAUGAUAAUAAUUUUUCUCCUGAUGCUCUUCAAGAACUCACAUACCGACUCUGCUACACCUACGGUCGUGCUACUCGCGCUGUUUCUAUCUGUCCUCCUGCUUACUAUGCUGAUUUGGUUGCUGCUCGUGCUCGAUUCCAUCGUAAGGGUAAAAACUGGGAAGACACUGAUACAAGUGAAUCAAUGGAUAAUGAUAGUCAAAUGGCCAGUUUCGCUGCUGUUAAGCCUGAUUUACAAAAACUAAUGUACUUUCUUUAA